AUUUGGGCAUAAGCUUUUGUGGGUAAAAACCUCACUUCUUCGGAUGCAUGCAUGCAUUUAAAAUAGAAAGGUGGCUGUGUCUAAAUAUGCAAACUUAUAACUUACUGGGUUUGUCAUACAGGCUGUUAGCUGAUAUGCCAUUAUACAUACAUCCUUAUGUAUUAAUGAACCUACUGCUUGGCUUAGUCUGGAUCACUCCCAGCUAUUUGAACAAAUACUAAACUUCUGCUAGCCCCUUAAUACAAAAUUAACUUGCAAGUGAACAUUACUGCUACAAAAUAAAAUCUUUCUUGAACAUUAUUUAAUGCAUCUGCUAAAUAUUCUGUCACAAAAGAAAAAAGGCUGUGUCACAUUUGUAAUAACAAAAUGUGUCUUACUGCUUUUAAAAAUAUAGGCAAUCAUCUUCCAGUUGACUGAGUCACUGCAUCAUUAAGGAUCCUAAUUUUUUUAUGUGGUUUAUGAAUGAAAAGGAUUGGAAUAAAGCAAAACCUGAGUGUGGGCAUCCAGCUUCUCCUUUUUUUAACUGCCAGAAGUCAAGAUUUGCUAGCUUGUGAAACCUGUGGAAGACAUUUUGCACAAGAUGUUCUGUUAAGGCACGAGCCAAUAUGCAGGAAAGUCUUCAACAAAAAGCGCAAACCUUUCAAUUCUUUGAAACAGAGACUGCAGGGAACUGAAAUUCUCUCAGUGAAGAAACAGCCACCACCAAAGAAACAACCAGAAAAGAAAUCUAACUGGAGACAGCGGCAUGAGGACUUUAUUAAUGCUAUUCAGUCAGCCAAGCAAGUCACAAAAGCCAUGAAAGAGGGCCGACCCCUUCCUCCUCCUCCACCUCCAAGCGUCAAUCCAGACUAUAUUCAGUGUCCUUACUGCUUGAGAAGGUUUAACGAAGCUGCAGCAGAGAGGCACAUCAGUUUUUGCAAAGAACAAGCUACACGACGUGUCUUUGCACCAGGCCAGAAAGCAGCCAAACAGGCCUCGGGGAAGCAACAAAUGACUCAAAGGAGAGAGCCAGCCUUAACAAGUGCUGUGGAAUCACUGCUUCAGAACAGAGCCCAAGAAGCUGCCAUUGCAGGCCCUGCUGUGCAGUCCUCUGCUGAAAUGCCAGAGAGAACCAAAAAAACAUCUGGUGUGCCCCUUGGAAAAAAUACUUCAGGAGAUUCUCGACUCCCAGCACAAAGCAGAAGAUAAGGUGGCAGAUCACCCAUGACUUGAAAUGGCUGCCUUUACUUGUACAGCAUUGCUACUGAAGAUCCUAGGAAAACAGUUCCAUAAAACCAUCUGCAUUCCAACUUGUCACACAGUUUAUUACAUGGAAGACAACUGUGUGUUACUGAUUACAAUACAAUGUGCAAGCUGAAGUUUACAAACUUGCUAGU